AUGAGCAAAGCUCACCCUCUCGAAUUGAAGAUAUUUAUGGACAAGAAGUUAUCACUGAAAUUAAAUGGAAGCAGAUAUGUCCAAGGAAUAUUGCAGGAAUUUGAUCCCUUCCUGAAUCUUGUGGUAGCUGGGUGUGUGGAGAUGGCAGCUAGUGGGCAACAGAACAACGCUGGAAUGGUAACGUGAGGAAAUGGUAACAUCAUGUUAGAAGACUUGGAUCGAGUAUGA